AUUAAAAAAAAAUAAUAAUAAUGUUUUCCAUACACAUAAUACACAACAUAAUUGUUAAGUUUCAUAUAUUCUGACUGCACUCUUAGCGGAUGGCAUUAAAGUUGAAGUGAAUGUUGCAUUUGGUUGCCCAGCCCAGGGACAAAAACUAUGUACUCCGCGCAUAAUGUCUACUAUGCAUAUAGGAGGGCUCGAAAAAAGUUUUCGGUGAAAACCUAUUUAUUGUUGUUCCUAUGGCUAAUCCUGGCAUUGGUGCAGUGGGUGGUGGUCUGUCUAGUCGAUUCUAUAAGGGAAAUAUUCUGGAAGCACUAUUACAUCAGCAUUGCGGCUUUUCUGAUCGCCAUUCUGCUCUUCGCACUGUUUCUGUUCUUUGAAAACCUGCGUUUCAAUAAUGUGGUGGGCUUCAUAAUGUCGUUUUUCAUUGUAGAGCUCCAAAUCAUUGCGACAUUCGCGCUGGUCGCCCGCGCCUAUUGGGCGGAAAUGCUCAUGUACUUUUGUAUCUGCGCCGUGCUCCUGUUCAUAUUCGUAGCCAUAGGCAUUGCCUUGCCCAGGAAGAUGGACCUUACGCUCCAUGUGGCUCUGCUAUUCAUUCUGGCCUUUCUCUUCUUGCUCAUCGCCGUCUUCUUCCUUAUGCUGCAUCUGAUAGUGCCCGAGUGCGAGGGCUAUGCGUACGUACUCGUCCAGAUACCCAUCAGCAUAACUAUGUUGUUUUUUGUCAUGUAUCAUGCGCAAACGAUUCACGGGCGGCGCUUUGCGGAGAUGCGACUGCAUGAUUAUUGCCUUGGAUCGCUGAUUCUGUUCCAUGACUUUCUUAUCAUAUUUUGGCUGACAAUAUACUGGCAGGUUUGGGGCAGACUGGUCACGCCCUCUGAUUGGGGCACGACCGAAGCUAAAACGACCGCUAGUGCCAGGGCUUUAGAUCUUGGAGAUGACGACUUCGCUGUCGAUUACGAGACUAAACCGAUGUAUAUGCCGAAGAGAUUAAACCAAUUUAGACCGACGUCAAAUUGCGAAACAACCGAUUUGACGAUAACCCACGAUUUUAUGCCGAAUGACAAUAAACGCCUUACAGCAGUUCCUAAAGACAGCAACUGGGCUAAUAUAUGGGCUGAGUCAAGGCAGAAUCCUGCUCAGAAUUCUCCAGCAAGUGACGAAGGGAUUCUAGAUGCUAAUAUCGAAGAGCCCAGCCCAAGUCCAGCAAAUGAAGCCGACGACAUGAGUGCAGCAGAUAAAUCCUCGACAGCUGAAUAUAUUUUCGAUGAAUGAGGACCAUACCAAUAAAAUGAGGCAGAAAAUAAAUGAAAUGAUAAGGAAA